UUUGCUCGGCGUUAGAGAGGAAGGACCGUAGACCUCUCCCAAAUCCAGCCGGCAGCGGGAUCUGGAAGUACCUCCAUCCAGCCCCGAUGGCCGAAGCGAUGCCAAAGCCGCCGCCGGAGCUUGCUCCCGGCUCUGCCGUCCAGGGAGGAGUUAGCACGUCCCGGGCAGGCCCCGCGCGCGGGGGAGUCGCUCUGCGCCCUUGAAAUUCCUCCAGGCGAGUUAAUGAUAAAUCUCGGAGGGGCUCGCGGCGCGGGAGCUUUGGGCGCCGGCGGAGACGGGCUCCGGCGGACCAUGCGGGCUCGGGUCCCAGCUGGCUCUCAGUGCCACUGACCUGUGCCUCCACCUCAUCUCCGAGCUGCCAUGGCCACGCUAGAGACGCUGCCAGUUCUUAGUGACCCGACGUACCCCAGCCAGGAGAACUUCCACACUUUUGCCCCCCGGCCUUCCCAACCCACCUCCCAGAGCACCAUGGGGAGCGUGGGCAGCGGAGUUGCCAAUGACCAGGAGUUUGCCAUGAAGAGCGUGGGGACCCGGACGCAGAGCAGCGGCCGGCAGACGGAGGGGUCUCGCAAUGGCUACUCCACCCGGGAGAUCUCCAACCGGUACUCUGGCGAGGAGAAGACAUACAAGUCAGAAAAGGUCUCCAACUCCCUCUACAUCAACGGCGACCUGCGCAAGAGUGAGAAGGUGAAGAUGGACAUCUGUGGGAAUGUGACCACCAACAAUGAGAAGAACAUGCCGCCUCCUCCCCAGUACCGAGAGCCCAGUAACCCACCAAAGAUAUUGCCAAUCUCUGGCAAACUAGACCAGAGCAAUGAGCCCUUAGUUAGACCCUCAGCCUUUAAACCAGUAGUUCCUAAAAACUUCCAUUCCAUGCAGAAUCUCUGCCCGCCGCAGAGCAACGGGGUGACAGAGAACAGAAAGAGCUUGAACCAUGCCAACAGCAAUAGCCCGUCCGCACCCAAAAGUGGACUCGACAAGACCAGCCUUAACAGGACUACAAACCAAGUGGGAGGCCUUUCAGAUUCAGGCCGUAACUCGUUAACGAGCCUGCCCACGUACGGGACAGGCUACAGCCAACACGUGGGUCCAAUGAGCGCCUCGACAAGCCACAUCAACCGCAUCGGAACAACCUAUGUGGACAAGAACAUCGUGGGAUACAACGGGAUAUCUACCUCAGACAGCGGGCGGUCUUCGAGCAAGAGCACCUCUUCGUUCAACAGACUGAACCAUCUCAACGAAACAAUGCCUUUCCACUCGCCUUCAACGGAUGACAUCAUCCAAGACCUGGAAGACCGGCUGUGGGAGAAGGAGCAAGAGGUCCUCCAGAUGCGAAGGAACUUGGACAAAAGCGAGGCAGCCAUCUUCCAAGUGUUCGAGGAGAAGCAGAAGAUCUGGGAGCGGGAAAUGGAGGACCUGAGGCAAAACUACGCCAACAAAUUGCAGCAGGUUUCCAAAAAGGCCCAGCGGGCUCAGCAGGCCUUGCAGCUCCAGAUCUUCAAGCUCCAGCAGGAGAAAAAAAAACUCCAAGAUGAUAUGGGGCAACUCCUCCAGCAGCGAGAGGAGCUGGAGAAGAAAUUUGUGGCUUUCAAGAAGGAGCAGGCUGAGUUUCUCCCAAAGAUUGAAGAGACCAAGUGGGAGGUGUGCCAGAAGGCGGGCGAAAUCUCUCUGCUCAAGCAGCAGCUGAAGGAUUCCCAAGCGGACGUCUCCCAGAAGCUGAACGAGAUCGUGGGGCUGCGGUCACAACUCAAGGAAGGUAAGAACUUCCUGCGGGAGAAGGAGGAGCAAAUCCUCACCCUGAAGGACUCUUACAGCUCCAAGAGCGUCAACCUGGAGAUCUGUGAGAGUGAGCUACAGCGGAAGAUGAGCGAGGUCCAGGUGCUGAGGGAAAAACUGAACCACUGUGAGCUGGAGGUCUCCGGCCUGAAGCGGACACUUGCCAGCAUGGGACCUUCGGGGCCUUUCAGCGGGGACCUGGCCGAGAAGCUGCGGGACCCCCUGGCCUGCGAGAGUGACGAAGCCAAGAUGCAGCGGCAGAGCGAGGACAGCGUUAACACACUGCGGAAGGAGGUGGAGCGGCUCCAGACGGAGCUGAAGCUGGAGCGGCAGCAGCGGGAGCAGCAGGUGAUGGACUUUGAAGAAGAGCGGCGCACGUGGCAAGAAGAGAAGGAGAAAGUCAUCAAGUACCAGAAGCAGCUGCAGCUGAACUACGUGGAGAUGUACCAGAAGAACCAGCUCCUGGAACACAAGGUGAACGAGAUGAACACAAAGGCCACCAGUCCCCCGCACACCGAGGAGAAAAAACCAUGGACUCCCUCCAGACUCGAGCGAAUAGAGUCCACCGAGAUCUGAGGUGGGACCAAGACAAUACAAGUAAUUUUUUUUAUUGCUGUGCAUGUACUACCUACUCAAGCCAGUGAUCUUCCGAAGGAUAAUAUGCUACCAUAGGAGAGGUGUGAGUCUGCUCACACCAAGCUCCGUCUCCCCUACUCUACUCUUCUGUGCUCUGUAGGUAAAAUAACUGUGGAUGUGCGUUGUUUUUCUAUCGAUAAUGCAACAUCUCUUUUGGUUUUUUUCCUAGUACAGCUGGUGAGGGUCAAUUGGCUCUUUUGUAAUCUGCCGUGACUGUUACUUCGCUAGAGGCUGCCAUCCCCUCUCCCAACAAUUCACCCCUCUUUGGUUGGUUGGUUUGGAGGGUUGUAUUUGGUUUCUUUGGUUUUCCAAGCAUUAUGUGCAGCAAAACAGUUCAAAGUGGCAGGUUUUUUCAGGGCAUUUUUAGCCACAUUGGCUAAUGGAGCAAAGCUCUAGGGAUCAUGAGCAAAUUCACUGUUCUGCAUCAAGUAUCCUGUCUAGACGGUGGUCUUAGUGAAGUCAGUGGGAGGUUGGCCACUGAUUUCAGUGAAACCAGACAUAUCUCUACCAGAUGACUCCCUUUUGCCAGCCUAUGGCUACCAUGGUUGCAAGAGGUUAGGAUAUCCUCGAGGAGCAGGAUGAGCCUGUCCUGGUAACAAAGCCAACUAGGAACAGUUGCCAAGCAGGAGCCUCUUUUGAGGCUCAGCAGAGCUUGAUAUAUGCUGCAUUUUCUUUUUGUUGUGGUUUCCUUCUUCAUUUCCACUCCCAUCCUUGGUUCUGACCAACCUGGGAGCAGAAAUGCCCUCCCUCCUCUGCCUUGGUCUCACUAUUCUUCCUAUAUAUUCAAGUUGGCUACAGCAAGAAAAAAAUCCCAGAAACCCAAGCUAGUUUACCUUCUCAAGAGCCCUCUUGCUCUUGAGCGAGCCCACAGAGUCAGUGGAAUCAAGGCGUGGGGAACCACCCAGACCUGUGGGAUGUUUAUGCAACCUGAAGCUUCAGCAAUUUGCCCGUUGGUGGGUAGUGAGCAAUUGUGCAAUCCCAUUUCCAAAAGAGUGAUGCUUCGGUGCAUUUUCUCUGCCCGGGGUCUCCUUACAAAAAGGCAUCUGAACCUCACUCAGGAGUUGCAGUGAGCACAUAUCAGCAUCACAGCUAGACAGCAAUGAGGCUGCGAGGCAAGUGCUAGCCUCCCGCACAGCCAUUUGGAAUAGGGCCCUUAGCAAUCCCACACGAUAUGACGUAUUCCAGGCAAAGAGAAAAUGCAGGCCCAGUUUAAGAAAAUAUUUAGCUACUAACCCUGAGCAAUCAUAAGACGGGACAAUGCUUAAAGACAUGCAAGUGCUUGUGCUCCUGGCUGAAUAACCAAAACUUAUAUGCACAGUCACUGAGAAUGAUGCAUGCAUCAAAAAACAGCCUUCAGCUUUAAAAGGUGGGCAAAGUGGGCCUGGUCCUACCUUUCAUGGACACCUUUGUAAAAUGAUCUGCAAUAAAAGGUGAAGAGUGCUGUAAAACAGGACUUGCACCGUCUGAGCAGCGGCCAAAGAAUCAGUGCAAAUGAUCCUUAGGAAGCAUUUGCCCUAGGGAGCAGCUAGACGAAUAAAGCUAGAAUACGCCUUCUUGGGCUGUCCAUGUGAGGGGACUGCAGGGAGAGUUUGCCCAGAUCAUGAUUCAUCUGCGAAUCAAGGAAGAACCUCAGGACUUUGAGUGGCAGAAGACCUUCCAAACAAAAGCCCUGAAGCUACUCACUUUCUGUUUCCCUCCCCCAGAGCUUCCUCCUCUCCAUGACCAGGUCUGACCUUCAAGUUGGGAUCAAAUGUUGUUGUGGUGAGCUCCAGACUGAGCAAAGAGGCUGAGCGGGACAAAGGAGUCCCCAGUUUGUCCCAUCAACCUCCAGCCAAGGUCAACACACAGUAUUACUGGCCAGGACCUGCCGAGGGCACUGUUGGUGGAUGGCAGCAAUUCCUGGAGCUGUAGAAAAUGGAGAUGUGUGAUGAGACAGGGGCGUUUCAAGGCCUGAGUUGAGGGCACCUAGCUUUUCCCAUCGCUUCUGCUUGUGCCUUUGGAGCUGGAAGAAAGAACAACGCAAAUGCCAGGGCAGCUCAGGCUAAGGUCCUCUCCAGCGACCAGCCACAGGAAGGGGGACUAGGUCAGGUCUGAUCCCUGAAGGGGGUGGAGACUAGUCCUACUACAAAUCCUGCAGCGCACCAGCACUCGGAUGAUGCCUGUGCACCGUGCUCAGGAAGAAGUGCUGCUCUGUGCUGGUGCCACCCAGCAGCAGACUUUGACAGGCCAAGGGCAGGAGCGGGAAGGGCAAGUGGGUUCACUGGUGCACCACUGCCACAUCAUGCUGGAGUCAAGGCAGGACCCCAGUCCCCAUCUCCACCCUCCUCUCUGUUCUGGUGCUUCACGGGCUGCAGCUGGAGUCAGGGGCCUCAGAGACACACAGGUGCACCGGGCACACUUAGGCUUGGCCAGGUAAAUCUUAGGUCUUCCUCUAUUUUAUUGCUGGGCCUUUACGAGGGAGUCGAACACCCCACAAACAGUGUCAGGCCUGAAGAUCUGGUGUGUUGUGUCAUCUUGGCUUUCUGUGCCUCUCUUUCCCCAUCAGAUAAACCCCCACUGUCUUCUUUCCCCAAGCAGUUGUGAGGCAUCUGUGCUUGCGAAGGGCUUUACAGUCCUUGGGAAAAACAAUAAAGCAUAGAGAAAUCGCAAAGAAGCUCAGUCUCAGCUGCCUGUCAUGGGCAUUUUUGAGGACACCACACAAAGGGCAAACAUCCCACCAACAACACAUGCCCUUGCCACAAGAUGGGUCCAAUGACUUGGUGGAUCUUCUCCAAAUUUGCUCCUCUCAGCCCCUCUGACGUUACAAUUGGGUUCCCACUAAGCAUCACAGGAACCGGGGUUUCAGCCAGUGACUCCAGAAGACCUACAGUGGCUGAGUUUUGAGGAUCUGCUGCUGAGGAGGUGUAUGCCACAAUUCCCUGCUGUGUUAAUAACCGAGAGCAAUGGACACCAGCAUCAGUCUAUGGGACGCCUUCUCACAGAGCUCCUUGCUAAAGCGCUGGCACCCUUCAUCACUUUGAUCCAGAUCUGAGCAACCUCAAGCGUGCCUACUCCCUGGAUGACACAGAGCUCUGCAGAUACCCACUAAGAAGUUGUGCUGCUGAUAGUGCUUUUCUCCCUAUUAGGAUUGACCCAACACCCCCCCAGCACUCGGCUGACCUGCAGAAACCACCUCCUUAGCUAAGCUGGAGUUUCAAAGCAUUAAAGGUGUCACAAAAUACAGAUAUUUUUGGCAAGUGCGCUACCCAAAGUGCCAUGCGUGAUUCCUUCACUCCAGGAAUCCUCCCCACAACAGGAUGCACUGGUCUGCAUCAUGUCCUCUCCCAUAUGCUAGUGCUGUGCAGCUGCAUGCUGGCAACCAGUGGCUCUCAGAAGUGACUGCCCCUUGCCCAGUAGGGAUGGAGCAAAACGCUGGUGGGACACCUAGGUUCCUGUCAUUUGUGCUCAGAUCUGCCCAGACUGGAGCUCACCUGGCUCUUUCCAGACUUCGGCACUAGUUGAUGUCAGCUUUUACCCACUGGCUGGAUGAGGUCUCCCAUCACAAGCUAGGUUUGCAGUGAGGCUUUGUGGUCUUUGCUUUGGAACAAGAUAACCAAGGGGUGCCAGUCCAGUGUUUUGAUGACAUAUCCUAGGAGCGGCCAAGGAGAGUAAUGUCCCAUCUCUCCGAUGCUCAUGCAGAGCUGAUAAAAUGUUUCUGUCCCAUAAAACCCACCUUCAGAGUUUGGGUUUGACCAUAGCCCAAUCCUCCCCUCCACCUUUGUUCAGCCAGCUCUGGAGCUGAUGGGAUUCAGUGUGACGUACUCGGUGUAAUUCUCUAAGUCCAGGUACUGCCCUCAAAAUCCUGCAGGUGAUCAAUGUCUCCACUGAAAAAACAGGUCAUCUCUAAGUUGACAUUGGCCAGUGGCAAUGGCUGUGGUCAUGGGGACUCAGGUCAGUUGCCCGCACAUCAGGUCUAGAGCCGUUAGAGAUGCUCUGGGAUAUCAGACACACAGGGCUGGCCGAUAUGACCCGAGACUUAUGGGAGAGCCAUCCCAGCAGUGUGAAGACAGGGUUACCUGGAGUAUCUCCAGCGGCACAUCACUCAUGUGUGGGCAACUGAGUCAUGCUCCAGGCACGUGCACAUGGCCAUUAUACGAGCACAUACGGGACAUUUAUCAACUCCAGCACUUCCAUCCAUGAGGAUUUGGGCUCAGCAGGUUAUCCCGGUGCUGGGGAAGGUGUAAGCAGCCCUUCUCAUCACUUGCUGUGAGUGGGGCUGCUUUGCUCCACUAUCAUUUUGAGGUUGAUUUUGCUCCUAUUGCUGUAAAAUGUCCACCCAGCUGGGCUAGUUUCCCCUCAAACAGCCAGCACUCACCCAGGGCGUGAACAGCACAACUAUCGCGCGUUGUUGUGCUUCACACAGUCCCACUUAGCUUCUGCUGCCGUCUCGCAGCAGCCAGCUACACCGUUCCUGCUGUCACUGGCGUAAUGCCGGAUGGAGAUCACCUCCGGGUUUCCACACUUGUUAACCAAGAUAGGAAUCGAAUGGUUGCUCUUUUGCUGCUACGUUAUACGGAGACAAGUGUACUUGGAUGUAAAUAACAGCCCAGUUCUGUAUAUACAACGAUUAAAUGAACAGACAAGAAAGCUCUGUGGCUUCUAUAUUGGUGAAUGGGAUCGACAGUAACAGCAGGUGUCGUGCUCAAGUGCUGAGCGCUAUGCAGAGGGUGCUCAGCACCCUCUGAGCUUUCGCUGGCCACAGCAGAAUCAGAGCGGGUGCAGCACCUGCCAGAAGGGCAAUCUGCUUUGGAUUGGCUCCAACAGAGCAGCCUGGUGUCACUUUGUCCUGCUUCAACGCUUGCUCUCAUCCUGAGCCAGGCCUUCGCAACUGCCCCCUCGUCAAGGCUGAAGUCCCCUCUGCCCAGCCUUGGGAGCCUCGUAUCACUCCAGAGCUCCCUGCCGAAAGACUGGCUCCCAGCAGUGUUCCCCUUGCACCCCUGCCACCCAUGAGCUCUGCCCACGAGAAGGACCAACCCCCUCCACCGCUGCCCAUCAAGUGGCACAUUAUAGCUUGCUUGGGACAGUGAGCUUGUGAGCAAUGUGACCAAAGAUCUCUGGAGGGUGUUGGACUGUGUGCUCGGAGCUGCCUCCUGCAUUCCCAGGGGAGGGAUGAGGCUGGUGUGGACUGGGAAAGGGGAUACGAGCUGGCACGGGAUAGAGCUGCUUGGAGAGCUGCUCCGCUGGGUGCCACCUGGGAACGUUUGCAGGGCUGUGCAGGGCCUUUCUUGUGCUGGUUAGGACUGGAUAGAAAGCAGGCUGUUUUCUCUUGUUUCAUGGAUGAACUCAAUUGUCCAUGAUGAUCCAGACUGCUUAAUCACCCCCACACUCUCUGGCUGUGCCAACCAGCUCCAAGUGUCACCCAGGGGAAGUAUGGACCAGGGGCUGAUCCCAGGAAGUACCAUGGAUGCAAUUUCCCUUUUCUCUUGGGGAGAAGAGAGUUUAUAUAUCUGGAUGCAUGCCAAGCCAUUACACUUGUCUUCGGGACCAUAAAGCAGGCCCUGUCCUCUCUAGUUUAGCAGCUCCAUGAAGGCUUCUCACCCUGGUCCCAGCCUUGGGCAUGCCAAGCAUGGGCCAGUGUGAGAUCUGUGCUCAUCUGCCCACACAGCCAUGCCCCACCGCUCCUGGGGAAGGGUGCUCCGUGGGUCUGGGCCACAGGCAAGUAACGACCCUUCACCAUGCCUCUGCUCUGUGGUCAUGCCAAGCCUUCCUGGUUCAUUCCUGCCAAGACCGCAAAAGCCCAGUGAUGUGCAGUGACAGCCCUCACUUCUGUCCCAGAUGGCCUACGGGUCCAGCUGGCCUCUAUCCUAACCUAAUCCCUUAGCCCAAGACUGAAAGACCACUCUAUACGGUUACUUUUCACCAAGCUCCUUUGCUGAAGACACUGCUCAUCUUGUUGCCUGCGUCCUGCCUCUCCUCCACCCCAGCUCUCCACACUCCCCAGACUCAUUUAGAUCAUCACAAUCCCGUUGUCCUAGGAACAGCGGGUGCCUCUCCCAGCACUCUCCCAGAUACUUCCAUUAGCAAGCAGGAGCCAAAGCCCAAAGCCCCCACUGACAGUGGCCUGUCCAAUUUUGUCCUCCAAUGAGCUUUCUAGGCUACUGGUCCUCACCUUCUCCCCGUCAGUCCCACAUCAGCUAGAACAGUCCUGCUUUACCUUCCAAGAGCAAUCUUGCUUCCCAGUGGAGGACAUCCCCAUGGCUUGCAAUCACUUGAAGUCACUGUGUGGGACUUCACACCAUUACACCCGCACACCCUGCCAGCUCCGAGGCCUCUGCAGUCCUCCCACCCUCUGCAAACAGGGGUGUAAGGAGCAUCCAAAUAGCCCUGGUCUGCAGGGGCACACAGCACCCAUGCCACCUGGUCCCCAGCAUAACAAGGGACUGGGAACACAUCCAGUUUGCAGGUGUGGGCUUCCCAGCAGGACCUUCCAUGCUGGCAGUGCGACUGUUGGCAAAACCAGAACUGAGCCUCUUUGUCUGCAGGGCAAGCCUCCUCCCUGGUCUCCGGAUGAAGGGGAUCAUGUCAGAUCUAGAGCAUGGGACAACCUCUGACAGGAAGGGUUGUGUUUUUAAGGCUCUUUUACAGAUCUGUUUUCUCUCUGCUUUCUGUCACAAAGCAAUAGUUUUUUUCUAGAAAGAUUUGAAAGGGGCUAUUCCCACUUCUGAUACCUGCAGGCAAGACUACGUUCCCUUGAAGACUUUUGUAGCUCCAGCCCUGGGCUCUCCUUCUUUGGAAAGGGACGCAAGGCCAGGCCUGGCUCCAAAUAAGCACCAGUGGCUUGAGCUUGACUGUCCCCAUUUGCUCUGAGAGCCCAGAGCUGCCCAUGUCCAGCAGGUCAUCAGGCUGGGGUCCAGGACAUGGGGUCCGUCUGCCUUUGGCACCCAUCCCAUGACUGUCACUGGGUCCCUGCAACAGGUCUUCUCCUUUAGCUCAGCGACAUGGGAGCCACGGGGUCCCCAGGGGUAUCUCAGCUCGCAGAGCCAUGAGUGGUGACCGCCAGAUACCUAUGGGAGACCAAGACUUCACCACUGCCAUUGGGCCUGGGAACCAGGCUGUCCUAGGAGCCCUCUUGGAGGAAAAGGUGCCCUUUCCCGCAUCGGUGGCAUGUGGGUUCCUUUCCAGUGGCCGAAGGGAACAAAUGUGCGUGGGCAGAGCUCCACCACCAGCGCAAAAGUGCUCCACCACCGGUGCAAAAAUGCUGCACUUCUGGCCAAUGUCUAUGCAGUCCCUUUCCACACAGCGGUGUCCCCGCAGAGCCCAGCCCAGAGCUGGGACUCCUCCAAGGUGUCUUCGUUUGCACUCACUCGGACCUGGUAAACGCUGUGAGUUGAGAGGCGGCCCGUCCGGACUCUCUCUUGGCCUUUGCCUUGCACUGGGCAGUAUGGUUGUGAGGGUUUCCUCAUCCUAAAUAAAUGCACGUUGCUUAGUCACCUGUCUCUAUGUCUGUUCUUCAGCAGAUCAAUAGGCACCCAAAACCCAGCUUCCCGACAGAGAUACGUCAGGUUGGGCCAGCUGGUGCCCUGAGCAAGCCUGUUGUCUGAUUUCACCAGCAAUAAAAACCCCGCGGACAAGCAGCCAGAGCCUUCCGCUCUGACGCUGGGUGAGCUGCAGGCUGUGUCUGUGUGUAGGACUCUGCGUUAGGCCCUUCAUCCAAUGUUUUGGACCUACCCAACUGUAAAUUCAAUCCUAGCCUUGUGCUUUCUUUCCUCUGUUUGUUUCUUGAAGCCUCGGUCUCUCUGUCUCUGCUCUUACUGUGAAUUCAAACCAGAAGUGUUCUGAACUCAACUCUGUUACUGUUUGUUUUGCGUUGACUGUUGCUGGUUCUCUGAACUGCGUUUAAUGAGAUUUUGCAAAAAAAAAAAAAAAAUCCAAAAAAUUAUAUAUAUAUAUCUAUAUAUAUACUUAAAAAAUAAAAUAUUAAAAAAAAGAACUACGUAAAGUUGGGUGUCUCUCCUGUCCACUGGUCACUUCCAAACACAGUUGUCUUGACUUUGCUUCUGGUCAGUGUAUUGAAAGAAAAGAGGUUGAAAAAUAAAGAAAUAAAAUGCAACAUUUGGGGAUUUUUGUACAGCAAAGGUGUACCCAUUUAGGAAAUUCUUGUUAAACUUACACCACGUUUCACAAUUUACUGCUAGUCUGUUGUAUGUUUCCAUUGGGUUAUAAAGAUGUGAAGAGCUACUGCCUUUGCAAUUUUCUACAGUGAAUAUAUAUAUAUAUCUGUACAGAUGUAUGUGUAUAUAUAUACAUAUAUAUAUAUACGAAGAUCUAUAUGUAUAUGUAUCUCUCUUAUGACUGUGAAGGAUUUUUAUUCAGGCAAAAUAAAAUGGAGAAAGGCCCCUUUUAAAACCUGA